GCAAUGCACAUUAUGCAGAAAAGAGAAUUAGAAAAUCGGACAUAAAACCAUUAUUUGAAUGGAGAGGAAAGGACAAAGCGCCGCCUAGUGUCUACCUGCGGUAUUUUUCUAACCGCAUUUUAUAUAAAUGUCCCCCACACAGACAUCCAGGCAGCUUUAAUACAACAUUCAGAGAUGCAGAGUUUUUCUAAAAAGAUGAACAAAUGAAUAAAUAAUCGCAGUGAACGUUCAGACAAUGCGUGGUGAACGUCAGGUCUGACUAGCUGGGCUGAGAGUUUGCAGACUGACAGGAAAAUGUUUUACUUUCUGGAACAGUUUCAGGGAUCGAUCUUCUAAGAAGAUUUUUAUUUCUCACUCUGCAGUGAAAAAGGAUUUUAAAGGUAUUUCUGUGUUUGGUGGUGAAAUGUGUGUUUCAGCACUUUUCCCUUAGUUUCACUUCCUCGCAGCUGUUCUGUGAAUCUCUACUCGGUAUCCGUCAGGGAACCCAGAGGAGGAAGAGGAGGAAGAGCAGCCGCUGCUUUCUGAGAACAGCUGCUGCUGAACAUAUAAACGGAGCCGGCCGGACCGGUCCGGCACCCUUCCAGAACCUCCGGAACCAUGAAGAUCCAGCUGAGCCUCUGCCUCCUGGCUCUCCUCUGCUCCCUGCGGUCCAGCUCUGCAGCUCCAGUCGGUCCGGGCGUGAUACGUGGUGCCUGUUGCCAAGGCAACGGCAACACGCCGAUUCCCAUAGGGAAAGUGAAGGAGAUGAAGAACUCUCCGAUUCACUGCAAAGUCAGAUCUGUCAUAGUCACCACUGAGAGCAACAAGAAGUUCUGCCUGGAUCCCACCUGGAGCUGGACCCAGACACUGAAGAAAGAGUUUGGGAAAGAAAAACGGCUCCGCUGAGAUCUGGAUCUGGGUCGGAACCGAGUCUGCUGGAGCGGGAAGAACCGCUCUGAUGUUUUAACGACACACUGGACGUGUCGCUGAUAGUUCUCCGUUUUUGCUGCUAAUUUAUGAUUUUAAUGAAACUUUGGCUUCUUGUUUUUUGUUCGUUUGCUAGUUAAACAUGUUCAAUAUUUAUUUAGAAACAAAAUAUUGACCUUGCUAACAGAAUCUAUUUUUGUUCUGACAGGAUAGUAACUCAAACUAAUGCCGUUUAUUUUGAAUGUGUAACUUUACAAACAGGAACUAUUUUGUUUUACACAAAGUUCUCAACUAUAACUGAUCAUUUAUGGUUUUAGAGAAACUUUGGCUUCUUUUUGCUUCUACUUUCAGUUUGUCGGCUGAAAACAUGUUGCUGGAAAACUUUACUCACUCAUUUCACAAUAAAAGUUUGACUUUUCUA